AUGCAAGGGUCAAUACCAAGUGAAACAGGCCAACUUUCGAAGCUGCAAGAAUUGUAUAUUUCUUCCAACUCAUUAACUGGUGUAUUAUUUGAAGACCAUUUUGCAAAACUCGGAGAGCUAAAGUUAUUGGACCUAUCUAGAAACUUAUUUGCUUUGAAUGUGAGCUCCUGGUGGGUUCCUCUUUUUCAACUCCGAGAAAUUAUGAUGUCAUCCAUCAAAGUAGGCCCCCUAUUUCCUGCUUGGCUGCGAACGCAAAAGGAGGUUCAAUGGUUAGAGAUGAAGAAUACGAGUAUUUCGGAUAGUAUACCUAGCUGGUUUGGAGUGCUUUGUUAUGAUAUUGGAUUAGUAGAUUUCUCGGACAACAACCUGACUUGGAAUCUGUUGGAGUUCAAACAAAUGAAGAAGAGUCCUCCUGAUGGUAAUUCUCCAAGCAUAGUUCUAAAGUCCAACAAAUUGGAUGGAUCUCUCAAAUCGUUUCCAUCUUAUAUUUACGAAUCAGAUCUUUCACAAAAUUUUCUUACUGGACAUAUUCCAUUGCCUGAUGUUGGUCAAACUAUUGCAUCUACUCGUUUUCUCAUACUCAGUGAUAAUCAUUUCACAAGUAGUAUCCUGGAAGACUUGUGCAAGCUGGAAAAUUUAAAAUAUCUGGAUCUAUCCAACAAUUUCCUGUCCGGAAGAGUUCCUCUGUGUUUGGGAAAUUUGCCAGACUUGUGGGUCCUAAACUUGGCUAAUAACAGUCUAUGCGGUCAAAUUCCGAGUUCACUGGGCAACUUGGGGCAACUUUGGAUUCUGCAUUUGAAUCGAAAUAAAUUCGUUGGGAAGCUCCCAUCCUCAAUGCGGAGCCUGAGAUAUUUACAAAUUCUUGAUCUCGGUGACAAUGGACUCACAGAUAUUAUACUAACAUGGAUUGGGGAAAGGUUAUCAAAGUUAAAGUUUCUAAGAUUUCAGUCAAAUAACUUCCAUGGAGUCAUUUCUGAUGAGCUCUGCCUACUCUCAAGUCUUCAAGUGCUGAACCUAGCGCGUAAUAAUUUAACAGGAUCUAUUCCUCAUUCUUUUAUCAAUUUCUCAAUGAUGGUAUCAAGUGAACCAGGAACUGAUCUCUGGGUAUUAGCGAUUUCACCUGGUUUCAAAACUUCAAGGGUGGAGGAGAACUUGGGUACUCCUCUCGGAACCUUUUGCGCGUUAAAUCCAUAA